AUGCAAUCAUCGAAUGAAAUAACGAGCCCCUUCCUUUUGCUUCAAAAUGUGGUGCAGCAAACAGAGGAUGGACAUAUAUCGCUUGAUGAACAAAUAAAGACUGGGCAGUCUAAUACUACUACUGUGCAUACUUCAGAUGUGGCAAAAACAAAUGUGAAGUUUGUAGCCAAGAGUACGGAGAAUGAGGAUGAUGUUCACAAAAACGUACAGUCUGUUUCUCCAAAGCCCUCUGUCGAGGACGUGGUAGCCUUUGGAGGAAUACCGUGUCCUGCUGCGAACGAGGUGCGGAUCAGCAAGCGAAUUGGUGCCCAAUCGGAUGCGGAUUUGACACAGAUGGAGCGUGCAAUGAAGAAGACUCAAUUGCGUAACUCUGUCAACUCAGACCGUGCACUUGUAGUUGGUGACAGUAUUGCUGCAGUGCUUGAUGCCUGA